AUGCCCACCAGCGGAGAGGACACGACGGGUCUGAGGAACCCGAUCCACAACCCAUAUCCCUCAUCGUUUGCCUCCGAAUGCGAAAAAGCCGCCGGAAUUAUCGACUCGUUCAUCAACCCCAAAGUCGUCGGAGAUGGCGGUAUUCCCCGCAAGAUGCUCGUGCGCGCGAAGGCGCUUAUAAUUUGUACUAUGACAAGAUGGGGGUUCCUUGGUUGUGCACGAUUUGGCUCGGGUGUGAUCGUCAUUCGUCUCCCUGAUGGUAGUUGGUCGGCACCAUCUGCUGUCGGACUCGGUGGAGUCGGAAUCGGAGCACUCCUCGGUAUCGAGUUAACCGAUUUCGUAUACGUUCUCAGCACCGAAGAGGCAGUCACAAAAUUCAUACAAUCAGGAUGUAUUCACUUGGGUGUGAACCUCUCCUUGGCUCUGGGAUUGGGCCGUAGUGCCGAAUCUGGAGGUAUCGCCGGGCCAAGGGGCAUAUCUGGGUUCUAUUCCUUCUCGAAGACGCGUGGAUUGUUUGCAGGUGUCUCGGCAGAAUUUGGACUCGUGGUAGAGCGAUCUCGCGCAAACCGGAAAGUUUACGAACGAAAACUCAAAACACCUCAGUUGGCUAAUGGCGACGUUCCUCCCCCUCGUGAAGCUGAAAAGCUCCUGCGAAUUUUGAAUUCCGACACACUGCGUCCUCAGUCGAAGGUCGUGGCGAAAGCUAUAGCGAAUCCGGACCAUAGCGGGUUACAAUCUCUUGGUAGAGAGAUGCCGGCACAUGAGUUGGCGGAUUUGAGUAGCUUGGGCCCGGGACUUGGUGAUAACGAAGCGGCGGAGGCACACUGGAACGGUUUGUCUUCCCCGGGUCUUACGAGGCCUAGACAUCUGAACCAGGUUCCCCGCGAGCUUCAGGGUGAUACAAUUCAGGAUCCCGAAUCUGCGCAACCUGCGCAACCUGCUGAACCAUCGCCGGUAUUUGAAUUAGAUCCAAAGUCCGCACCUACGCUGUCGCAUGCUGAACCUUCGCCCCAUACAUCUGUGGCAUCUUCAACCAUCAACAGUUCAAACCAUGCAUCACUUAUGUCAUCUGUCGGGAAUCCGUUGGAAAAACAGGAUUCCCUGCUGACAACUCCCGGCAUUCCCGAGAGUCCGUCCAAAGAAGAAAACGAAGAGCAUGAGUCUCAGGAUCAGUCCGAGGAAACACCUCUAGCGACCCAGACAGGCCCCACAGCUCAGACAGUUUAG